AGAUCUACUGCAAGCAAUAGUAGUAGUAAUAGUAACAGUAGUAGCAGUAGUAGCAGUAGUAGCAAUAGUAGUAGACCACCUUCUCAAAGUCGAAGAAAUAUAUCGGACAGACGUAUAUCAACUCCCAUCAUGGUCUCCCCUUUCAAAUCCUCUUCUUUAUCUCCUCAACCUGAUUUGUUAUGCUCACAAGCAUUCGAAAAGAUGAGAGGUAUGGUUGAUCACAGUCGCAAAAUAGAAUUCUCUUCUUGCUUUGACCGGUACAAGAACACAAAAAAGUACCUUGGUGGGACAAGACGAGGCUCACAGGCAAGUGAUCACAGCAUUAGAACUGUCGAUGAUGAAGAGGACCUCAAGGAGUUCAUGAAGUUAAUUGGAACAAAGCAAGAACUUAAGAUAUUUCAUCAUUCUUUAGUUUGUGAUCCAAAGCAAGAUAAGCAGUCUCUUUCCUACUUUAGAGAUAUUCAUAACGUGCUGUCAUCCUAUCCGGAUAUGGUAUCGUCGUCUGUUCCAUUUCAAAAGGUCAAGCAACCCUUACGCCUAGAGGAUGACCCUGUACGACCCAUUUCUCUCAGAAGAAGACCUUCUGUCAUGCCAGCUGCAGCCAAGCAAACGGAUGAUGACGACGAUUCAUUAUUGUUUAGAAUGAGCGAGCUUGGCGACGACGUACCGAUGCAGAGCAUUUAAUUCUUUACCUGAUAUCUCUCUUUUACGAUCAAGCAAAAGAAAAAAAAAUGUAUAAAAACCAGAUUGGGAAACCACCAAAAAAAAUAAAUGUUUAUUUUUGUUUAAAAUACUACCAAUUCCCUUUUCAUAUUUGUGUGUAAAAAUGAUUUUUAUCUUAAUUCUUUUGCAUGUAGCAGCAGUGGCAUGCAACAAGAGCUUAUGCCUGGACCAAGC